AAAAACCGGUGAACAGACCCGCGUAAAGAAACGAGAGAAGAACGCUUGUGUAAGAUUCAUGCAACUUCAUAUAAGCCAUAGUUUUCAAGGGGAAUGGACGUGCUCAUGGUGGAACGUGAAGUGUUUUUAAUAAUUAAUAACAGUGUUUAUUUCUGAUAUAAACAUUGGUGUUUAAACGCGCAUAUCCUUUUUAAGGAUAUUUUCCUUAGAUUUUAUUGAAUAUAUUUGAUAUAUAACGAUAUGUCGUUCUCAAAAGCUAGAAUUCAACGGUUCAAUGAACUUGCAAGUGAGGCGCCACCACCCGGUGCAUAUGAUCCUAAGUUCGACCAGAGAAUCAAAGGAUAUAUUAUUGAAAAAACAGAAAGAUUUCAGGAUAAUAAAAGUGUAAUUAGUAACGGUACCGAUUCAAGCUUAACCGUUUCAAGCAAGAGUACUGGAAAUCAACCACAAGACAGAUUUUUAACUCCACAAUGUCCAAGGAGAAGUGUUAUCGUCAAAUCAAUAAAUUCAAAUUAUCCAAAGGAAAAAUUGAAAUCCAUGAACCAGACUAAGAAUAAAACUAUUAAUAAAAGACAUUAUAAUUAUACGGAUCAGUUGUUGGAAUUACAAGUUGAAUGUACGAAUAAAGAUAAAACUAUACAGGAACAUGAGAAACAUAUUGAAGAGAUUAAGGAAGAAAUGUGUAAACUUGAAGUGCAAAUAGAGGAUUUACAUAAGAAACAAGUUGAAGUUGAAGAACAACACAGGAAAGAUAUAGAAACUAUGGCUAAAUUACAACAGGAAGUUUUAGAUAAUCAUGAUGAAAGGCAUCAAGCUGAAGCAGAUGAGCUUCGUUCUAAAUUAUUGGAUAUGUCGAGAGAAAAGGAACAAGAAAUCUCUACUAGAAGAACGCUUGAAAAUGAAUUAAGAAAACGAGUGGCCGAAUUGUUAGAGAAAAUUUCUUUUUUAGAAAAUGAAUUGUCUAAAAUAACAGAAACAAAUCGAAUUGCGAUACAAAAUUUAGAGACAAGAAAUAAAGAAUUAUUGUCCAAAUUAAAAACAUUGGAGGAAGAACGUGACAUACAAAUUGAAUUAUUAGAAAAGGAAAGAUCACAGCUUCUGUUAAAUAUAAGCGAUUUAACGGACAAUAAAUGUGAUCUUGAAGAUAAAUUGGAAAAAAGGCAGGACGUGAUUUUAGAACUUCAAGGGCAAUUGUCUACUCUUCAAUGUGAGCUGGACGAAUUAAGAGCGGAAUACGACAAACUUUUGGAUGAUUCCAUGAGACAAAUGAAUGAUCUUGUAAAAAAUUAUAAUGUAGAAAAGGAUACAUUGAAAGAUACCUUUGUUAAAGAAAAGAAAGAACUUCAAUUGCAAUAUGAUCAGACAAAAAUGACAGUAAUUGUAUUGCAAGCCAAUUUAGAUGAUAUGGCCGAUAAUAAUUCAUUUCUUCAACAAGAAUUACAAGACGUUCAAAGACUUUACAGAGAUGUAAGUCAACGGUUGACGCAAGCUCAUGAGGAAUUAGAAAUUGCAGAACAGAAACAUGAGCUUGUCUUGAAGGAACAUAAAAAUGAGAUAGAGGCUUUACAAAAGCAACACAGCGAAGAAAAAUCAGAAUUAAAGCAAUUAUUGGAAGAGGCAAAGGAAGAUUAUUUGAAUGAAAUAGAAAAUUUGUCGAUAGCAAGAGAUAAAGAAAUAGCUGAAUUGCAAAAAGCAACGAGUCAAACGAUUGAGGAAGAAACCAAACGAAUAAAGGAGCACACAAAUAAAAUCGUUGAAAAUGCCGAAGCCGUUACUAGAGAAACUAUAGCAGUUUGUCGUGCGGAAAGUGAAGAAAGAGUAAAGAGAGUAAUCGCCGAAUGUGACGCGAAAGUAAGCGGACCACAUAUAAAUACAAUGAUCAGAGAGGCCACGGCUGCGAUCGAAGAAGAAAUGCGUCUUAAUAUUGAAAAAUAUAAAGCAUGUUUGAAAAGAGUAGAAACCGAACGUGCUGCGUUAGACGAUAAGUUGGCUCAAAGAGAUGCCGAAAUUACAAAACUUUCCUCGAUACUCGAGGAAUUGAAAUUGACCGCAGAAACUCGGGAGAGUUUUAGUCAAAGCUUGCAGGUCGGGUUAGACAGAGCGGAAACAGAAUUGGCGGAGAAAAAAGCAGAGCUUAGAGCAUUGAAAAAUCAAAUACGUGCGGAGGCUGCAGAAAUGGUAGCUAGAAGAAAGAGGUUUGAAAUAGUUAUGGCGGAAAAUCAAGCAUCGGUUGCUGCACUCUCGAAACGUUUAGCACAGAGUCACGCUGAGGUAGAAAGACUUCAAGAUGAAUUAAAACGUGGCGAGGAUUGUAUACACGAACAUCGAGAUUUACUUGCUUCUAUGCGUAAUAAUUCUCAAAUGGUACACGACCAAGUGCACAAUAUUAUGAAACAAUUAGAUGCCGAGAGACAACUCGUAAGUCAAAUCGAAGCUGGUAGUUUGUCUGAGUUUGAAUCCAUUAAGACUGUUUUCGAAAUGAAAAUUGAUGAACUUCAACGAGUAGCAGCGAAAGAAAUUACACGACUUCGAGAAGAAAUUAACAAGAAGUCAAGCGAAAGUGCAGAGAUGAAGAGACAGCUCGAUGAAAUGGCUGGUUCUCUUUGUGCCGCAGAAGAUAUGUUAUUAAGAUUAGAGGAAAGAAACGAUGCGCAAAUGAUUGAAAUUUCGCGAUUAGAAGUUGAAAGUGGUAAACUUCAUGAACAAUUAAAUAAUCAAAAAAAGAUCUCCGAAGAAACCACUGCAUUGAUGUCCGUACAAUCGGUGCAACAUAAACUCUCCAUUGAGAAAGCGAAUUAUCAGUUAAAAGAACUCUCCAUGAAAGUUAUAUCACUUGAAGAAAGAGAUAGAUGUGCCGAGAACAAACAUAUAUUGGCUGAAAAGGAAAAAGAACAAUGGCAUGCUCGUGAAGAGAAGCUUUUAAAAGAAUUAGCUGAGGAAAGAGCACGUCGUGAAACUGCUGAAACCGAAGUUAAGACAUUAACCGAAAAUAAUGAUCGACUUCAAAAGGAAUACGAAGACAUAAAUGAAAAAUAUGCCGAAAUAGUUGGCCAUCAGAAUCACAAACAAAGAAUCAAGCACGUUUCACAGCUGAAAGAAAAGAUCUAUCGAUUGGAACAGGAAUUGCAAACUAAAUCCAGGCAAUUGGAACAUCAACAAAAGGCAGGGGAGAAGUUAAAAGCUCAACAGAAACGUCCCCAUACUAAAGGGAAAGAAAACGUAAUAGGAGUUACGAGAAGUAGUCACACCACACCUACAUCUUCGCCGCAUAAAUCAUUAACGCCUCUUCGAAAUCGAAACGAAUAAUUUGAUUAAAAGAUUAUGUCUAAAAGAAUUUGCCAAAUUAGUUCGUGUAUAAGAACUAUAGGUGUAUAAAAAAAAACAAAAAAAAAAAAAAAAAAAGAAAAAAAAAGAUAGUUAAAUCAAAUGCACCCACGUUCCAGAACGUGGGAGUGGGAGGGAGGGGGGAGGAAGAAAAAA